AUGUCCAGAUCUCCCGAAUCUGAGAAUGUGCUGAGGUCAAGCAGCCAGGACCCAUCGUGGUUGAACCAACCGACGGAUGACCCUCAUCUACCUACUGGUGAAAUGGAAUUACCACACUUCAUUAAGCCGCUACCAACUCAUUUGACGAGUGAAGACAUGGACUAUCUGCGACACAAAGGAAUAUUCGACAUCCCAGGCAUGCAGUCAUGCACCGACCUCCUACAUAGCUACGUCAAAUUUGUCCACCCGCUGUUGCCCCUUUUGGAUCUCGAAACCUUUUUAGGCCCCAUGGUGGAAGUAGGUCACCCGGCAAAGAUUAGCCUGCUGCUUCUCUAUGCUGUGAUGUGCUCUGGAGCCGCACACGUCCACUUGGACGCUCUGUACAAGUUGGGGUACAGUUCCAGAAAGUCGGCUCGGAGGGCCUUCUUCGAAAGAGCCAGGCUACUCUACGAUCUCGAUUGCGAACCAGAUCGCCUGAGCUUGGUCCAAGCAUUCUUACUUAUGACCUAUUGGUACGACUCAAGCAUACGAGGGCGAUACAAAGAUCGAAAGUUCUGGAUCCGUGAGAGUGUGACACUCGCUCAGGACCUUGGACUAGAUCUCGAGCUUGAAAACUGCGUGACUCAACGCCAGCGAGUAAUGAAGAGGAUCUGGUGGUGUUGUUUUAUGCGUGAUCAAUUUGUAGCCCUCAUGACCUGGACACCACCUCAUUUUCGAGCAGGUUCCCACAUCAUCCCAAUGCUUGUACUCGACGAUUUUGAGAUUGAGGAUUACUCAAAGGCUGUUUCAAACACGUUCAAUGAAUGGGCUUUCAUCAAUGACGAAAGAACAAGAAUCCAGCUCGCUAUGCUGUGCAUUGAGAAAGCUAAAUUAUCUCUUUGCAUUGAUCAGAUAUUGCGAGUACGAUAUAUCAGCAUGCGCCACGAAUCGAAAACUCAGACACUCUCAAUUCUCGUACCCAAAAGAGACACCAACGACGACUUUGAGGUAAUUGAGCAUGACCAUCAGCUUCGAAGAUGGUAUCAAGCAAUAUCGACUUCAGGAAACUUUGAUCUAAAAGAUUCGACCACCUUUGGGACUAUCAAAGCAUCAGACACGCUUACUAUUCAACGAGUACAUUUGAAACUUCUCUUUUUGUCUGCGUUAAUCGCGCUUCAUCGCCCUCAGGUUGGAGAUAAUUCAAGGGCACGAUCAGGCUUGUUCCAAGACCUGUCAAGAACGAAACUGCGCGAGACUGCGGAUGAAGUGGGGCAUCUUGCAAUGUGCAUGAAGGAGCUUCAUCUGGGGACGCACAUCAAACCGAACGGCGUUACCCUCUUCUUACCAAUACUGCUCGUCCAUCUUCAGGACAUCAUACCCGAUAUGGACAAUCGUCAAGGAAACAGGAUUGGUAAAUAUUACCACUGCAUGGAAAUACUAGACUCGUUAGGGGACCAGAAUGUUCCAGACAACCUUCUGCCCAUGGAACUGGAGGUCGCUUUUCGAAUGCUCAACAUCCUUCCAUCGCUAGAGGCCAGUAUUCCUCCCACCAUUUCUUCUCCACUUCAUGGCCAAGAGUUAUUAGUGCCUGAAGGUAGCACUAUUCCACGUCUUUUUGAUCUUGGGACUAUGACCUCGGCCGAAAUGAGUCUGUUGAAUGACCUGUGUCAGCAUCACCAGACCCAACUCUGA